UUAAAUUUUUAAUAAAAAAAAAAAUUUCAGUUCGGAUUUUGUCGACCUGCACGGAACGGUUUGAGCAUUAGAUCAAUCCAUCAUGGCUGCGCCCUUGACUGAAAUCAUGACUUCCCGAAUUUGUCGACAAUUUCAUCACAGAAAGAGCCUAAUUAGGUUGUUGCAAAGACGACACACAACGAUGAUAGAUGAUGACUCUCCCUCGUCAGAAGAGCAGCGUUUGCAAGAAUUAAAAAGUAGUUUUUCAACUGGAACACACACUCCAAAUGCUGAGAGGCCAAUAAUUCCCCUCGCAGCUCUACCUAAGACCACUAGAGCUGACACCACAGCUAUAGAACAUAUCCCAGUUACAGAAAAUGGCUAUCAGUUCAAGAAACACCCUGGGCGCAUGAAAUCUGAUAAGAUCACUGAAAUACCAGAGAUUUUGGAAAACACUCUUGAAUCCAUCUUCAAAGAUUCCGAAUGUAAGAGUCUUGAAACUGAUGGCAGGAGCUUGUAUAAUCAGCUGAUGAAACGACAACUUCCAGAGUCUCAAUCAUCUUUGACAGCUAGAGCUAGAAAGAUUGAGCCAUUUGUCAUCAGCAGGCUGUCAAAUAAUCAGCAGGCAAAGUUGCAAGAACUGAUUGCUCUGCCUGAGUUAACAGAAGAUGAACUAAAAGAACUGAAAAAUAUACAAAAUAAUAUCCAAAAUCAAAUCAAAAAGCGUCUACGUUUCACUACAUACCACUACAGACCUUUACAAUACACAGCAGACUUUGCCCUAAAGUACUCAUAUUCCAGAAUGAUACCAAACUACAGUGUCUUAACAGAGUGUCUCAAUGAGAUCAAAAGGAGGGAUCCUGAUUUUGAGCCUCAGAGUUUAUUAAACAUGGGAUCUGGUGUUGGGUCUGCUGUCUGGGCAACCAACAGAUUAUGGUCAGAGUCUGUUAGGGAGUACUACUGUGUUGAUAAUGCCUCAGAAAUGAACAAAAUGGCCAUGCAGAUAUUAAAAGAGGGAGACAUGAACAGGCAGAGUAUGGUGAUUCCUAAUGUGUAUUUCAGGGACAAGCUACCGUUACAGAAAGGUGGUAGAUUCUCAUUGGUGAUAUGUGCCUACACAUUAAUGGACUUCCCAAAUCAAAAGAGUCGAUUACAGUUGAUCAGGGAACUCUGGGACAGGACGGAGGACUAUUUCAUAUUGGUUGAUGUUGGAACAUAUGCUGGGUUUCUUUUAAUACAGGAAGCUCGUCGUAAAUUAUUGAAGAUGAAUUUACCAAAUGAGGAUGUGGAAGUGAAUAUAUUUGCUCCGUGCCCACACAAUCAACAUUGUCCCAAGUUUAGAUAUGCUCCAGAGAACGUGCCUUGUAAUUUUGAGGUACAAUGCCAGCAGUGGAAGGGCCAGUCUCAAGACAGAAUGAAAGAAAGAUACAGCUAUGUCAUUUUCAAAAGAGGAAAGCUUGCAGAAGAUAUGACAAAUGAAUGGCCAAGGAUAGUGUUCUCAGAGGUCCUUCAGAAACGACACAAGGAUAUGGCGUACUGUACUUUAUGCUGCCCUGAUGGUACACUGAGCAGGAGAUCGAUCAGUAGAGGCCGUAAUGGAAGGGAGUUGUAUCGAAUGACCUGUGAAUCUCAAUGGGGAGACUUGCUUCCUGUAAAACUAGAGCAUGAAAAUGAAAGUAACAUCACAAUGGAUCGUGAAGACAGUGCAGAUGAUGGAACAGGUUGGAACAACCUGGCGGAGCAAAACAUGACAACAGAUUCCAAAAAGACAACAUCCCAUACAAAAGACGUGUUUGAUUGGGACUCUCUAUACAAUAUAAAAGAUGACAGUCCCAAAGAAAAAUAAACUACUUGUUGUAGUAAAA